CAAUCGAUAUUUAUUUACUUUGCCCAUGAGGGUGGAUUAUUCUCCCAAAUCGUUGUCCUUUUCCUUUAUGUAGUAUGAAAGGCCAAAAGAAGGCUCAUUCUGAAACAUCGGUAAAAGAAAAACAUUUUAAAUUUAGUAGUCUUGUUUAGUUCGUUGUUGAUAUAGGGAACUUACUUCCAAUGAUAAAGCAACUUCAACAAAAAUAGUGUUUUAAUUCUUUCAACUUUUCACAUGGCCUUUGCAGUUUCAAGUAAAAUUAUUUUUUUCCUGUUCUUGUUUCUGUUUGUACUCUCAGCCACAGCCCAGCGGUAUGUUACUUCGGGUUCAUCAAUAACUGCAAACAAAACAAAUUCCGCUUGGGAGUCAUCUUCUGGAGAAUUUGCUUUUGGCUUCCGGCAGAUCAUUCCAGGAGGUUACUUACUGGCCAUCUGGUUCAACAGAAUACCUGAAAGAACCAUUGUUUGGUCUGCCAAUCGUGAUAAUCUUGUCCAAGAGGGAUCAAAAGUUCAACUUGCGGAUGGAAGGUUUGACCUGCGUGAUCCUAGAGGCCAGCAGAUGUGGGCUGCACCUGUGUCUCUUGAUCGAGUGGCCUAUGGAGCCAUGCUUGACACUGGUAAUUUUGUGUUAGCGAACAACAGUUCUGCCUUUUUGUGGCAGAGUUUUGAAAAUCCAACGGACACAUUAUUACCAACACAGAGACUUGAUAGAGGUGUUGUACUUGUUUCCAGCUUUUCUGAAACAAAUUAUUCAAAAGGGAGAUUCCUCUUCAAUUUACAAAAUGAUGGAAAUCUUGUGUCUGCCACCAGAAAUUUCCCCAUGGACGGCCCGAAUUUUGCUUAUUGGUCAGCACAAACUAAUGGCAGUGGCUCCCAGUUGAUCUUCAACCAGUCUGGCUACAUCUUUCUGGCAGCAGAAAAUGGAACUGUACUCAAUUUUGUGUCUCAAAGUGAGGCCUUGUCUAGUCAGCUUUACCAGAGAGCAAUUCUGGAAUAUGAUGGGGUUCUAAGGCAUUAUGUCUACCCUAAGUCCGCUAAUUCUUCAGGUGGGAGAGAGAUGGCAUGGUCUACUGUGGAAUUCAUACCUGUGAAUAUAUGCGCGAGCAUGGCUGACGCAAAGUUAGGAUUUGGUGCUUGUGGUUUAAAUAGUGUAUGCUCAUGGGGAUCUGAUAAUAUACCACAGUGUAAAUGCCCUCCUGGUUACUCUAUCAUAGAUCUAAAUGACAGGAUGAGUGGUUGCAAACCAAAUUUCGUUGCACAAAAUUGCGAUGAAGGGGCACUUGAAACUGACCAUUUUAGUUUCAUCGACAUGCCCAACACACAUUGGCCUUAUGCUGCUUACGGACAGUUUUCGCCAAUCCCAGAAGAUUUGUGUCGAGAAUAUUGCCUCAAUGAUUGUUUUUGUAAUAUUGCGGUUUACAGAGAUGGUUACUGUUGGAAGUUGCAACAUCCUCUCAUCAACGGGAGGACAGGUCCUAGGGAGGAGGGGCUUGGGUUAACGAAAGCUAUGAUAAAAGUAAGGAAUAACAAUGCAACUGCAUACUCCUCUGUUUUUAAGAAGUGUAAGAGUUCCCCUCUGAUCAUCAUCGGAUCAGUUUUCUUAGGCAGUUCCAUGUUCCUACUUUCAUCCCUCUUGUUGUAUUUUUUCUGUUUCAGUCGACAAAAAUCAAAGAGCCUUCAACCAUUUCAAGAUCUUCCAGGCCUGAACAUAAGAAGGUUCAGUUUCAAAGAGCUACAAGUAGCAACAAAUGGAUUCAAGGAGGAAUUGGGCAGGGGCGCUUGUUCAACAGUAUACAAAGGGAUUCUUAAGAAUGACAAUAUUGAAGCCGUAAUUGCAGUGAAAAAGCUUCAUAAGAUGGCAACAGAAGGCGAACAAGAAUUUAAAGCGGAAGUAAACUCAAUCAGCAGUACUAAUCACAAAAAUCUAGUUCAACUGCUGGGGUAUUGUGAAGAAGGUCAAAACUGGGUUUUCGUAUAUGAAUUCAUGAGCAAUGGUUCUUUAGCAAAAUUGCUAUUUGAAAAUUCAAGGCCCAGCUGGUACAAAAGAAUACAAAUCGCAUUUGCAACUGCUAGAGGUAUUUGCUAUUUGCACGAAGAGUGUAAAAAUCAAAUCAUACACUGUGACAUUAAGCCUCAAAACGUACUCUUAGAUGACUCCUUCACAGCAAAAAUAUCGGACUUUGGAUUAGCCAAGCUUUUGAAGCCAGAUCAAUCUAAAACUACCACCGGAAUAAGGGGAACAAAAGGUUAUGUUGCUCCAGAAUGGUUCAAAAACAUGCCGAUUACAGUCAAGGUUGACGUUUACAGCUUUGGAAUCUUGUUGCUCGAGCUUAUCUGCUGCAGAAGAAAUUAUGAACCAGAAGUAGAGGUUGAGAACGAAAUGAUACUUGCUGAUUUUGCUUAUGAUUGUUACAAGGAAGGAACAAUGCAUUUGCUAGUGGCAGACGAUGAGGAGGCAUUAGGCGACAAGCGAUUUGACAAGUUUGUGAUGAUCGCGAUUUGGUGCAUUCAGGAAGAACCAACAUUAAGGCCUACCAUGAAGAGAGUAAUGCAACUUAUGGAAGGAUCCGUUGAAGUCCCCAUUCCUCCAGAUCCCACCUCCUUUAUCACUUCAGUUUAGAUUCACAUUUUUGUCCCAAUGUAUGAUAAUAAUUUGUAUGAUCUUCGUAUUAGCAUCUGUGUUCAAGUCACUCGUUUUUAUUCUAUUAAAUUUAAUGUAAUAAUGUACCUUAAACUUUCUUUCUGUGUUGUAGUACCUUAAACUUUCUAUGUUGUACUCAAUCAACUUCCUCGUUAUUGUAAAAGCAGUUCAAACGGUGAGAAUGUAACUUUUUCUAU